UAAAGAUGGCGUUCAUUAAAGAGGAGAGUGAAGACAUGAAGAUUGAUUUUAUUAAAGAGGAGACUGAAGAAAUAAAGAUUGAAGAAACAAUCAGUGUGAAACAUGAAGAUACUGAGGAACAAACAGAUCAGCUCCUCCAAACAAUCUGCAGUUCAGUCAAUAAAGCCCCGCCCACUGCAAUUCACUUAAUGAAGCUCCUCCCACAGCAGUCACAUCAUCAGUAAAGCUCCUCCCACAGCAGUUCUCCAAUAAAUGCUGGAAUAUUCCCAUCAGAAGAGCAUCAGGAAGAGCUGAAAACCGCAGAGAACAUGAGUGAUCCAGAACCCUGCAGAAUGAAACACACUGAAGAUACUGAAGAACAAAGAGACCUGAUGGAAGAAAGCGAGGAGAGUGAAGAACUAAAGACAUUUCUAAAGAAAAGAGCCAAGAAAUCUUUCACCUGCACUCAGUGUGGAAAGAGUUUCUCAACCAAACAACAUCUUAAGGAUCACAUGAGAGUUCAUACAGGAGAGAAGCCGUUCACAUGUGAUCAGUGUGGGAAGAGCUACAGUCAAUCAUCAAGCCUUAAAGCACACAUGAGGAUCCACACCGGAGUGAGACCGUUCACAUGUCACCAAUGUGACAAAACAUUUCUUGGGGAAUCAACCUUAAAGAAACACCUGAGAGUUCAUACAAAGGAGAAGCCAUAUUAAUGUUCUGUGUGUGGAAAGAGUUUUUCACAGCUGCAUUAUUUACAUAAACAUGAGAAAAUACACACUGGUGUGAGAGAGUACAUGUGCUUUGAGUGUGAGAAGACUUUUACUAUAGCAAACCAUUUAAAACAGCACCAGAGAACUCACACUGGAGAAAAACCUUACAAGUGUUCACACUGUGACAAGAGAUUCAGUCAGUCAUCAUCUCUGAAAACACAUGAGAGGAUCCACACUGGAGAAAAACCUUACAAGUGUUCACAGUGUGACAAGAGAUUCAGUCUGUCAUCAAAUCUGAAAACACAUGAGAGGAUUCACACUGGAGAAAAACCUUACAAUUGUUCACAGUGUGACAAGAGAUUCAGUCAGUCAUCACAUCUGAAAACACAUGAGAGGAUCCACACUGGAGAAAAACCUUACAAGUGUUCACACUGUGACAAGAGAUUCAAUCAGUCAUCAUAUCUGAAAACACACAAGGAGAUCCACAGCAGAGAGAAGCGGCACACGUGUGAUCGGUGUGGAAAGAGUUUCUCUUUUAAAAAUCAGCUGAAGAUACACAUGAAGAUCCAUGCAGUGGAGAAACCACAUCACCACAGUCUGCAAUCAUGAUAAGUAGUUCAUCUUUAUGUGCUGAGCAACAAUCCCUCUUCUGUGUAAGGUAGACAAAUCUCUCCUCUCCACCUAUAGUUGGCGCUGUUGCUCUGUGGCUGCUGUUGAAUUAUCUAGGUUGUGAAUGAGGAGAGACCCCGAAAUGCCUCAUUCAUUCAUUUAUUCAUAGUUAACUGUUUCUCAAUAUGUGCUCUUGUCUGUACUUGUUUGAAAUGUCAUCAGUCGCUGUCCAAGUACUGUUCCAAUUCAAAGUUCACAUCUAGCCAAGUACAAUUCAAAUCCUUGGAUGUGUUCUUGAUCCGCCAUUUUAUCGAGGAUGCAUUGAGAGGUGACUUGUGCGGACUUGAGACAGCCAGGUAUCCCAGAAUGCAUCUUGCACUAACCAGCAAGUGUCAGUAGCAGAGGAGAAAACCCAUGUAACACACUACUGUUAUUAUGUCAUGAUAUGUAGUUUUAAGAGUUUUCAGGCAUGUAGGAAUGUACUGGUUUAAAGCUCAAAUUUGUGGUUUAUUGAUAAAAGUAGCACCUAUUUGGAGUUGUGAGAUCCAGAUGAUCACUGGGCGCUCAUGUACCCCGCUGAGAGCAUCCUUACCUCGGCUAGUCCUUCUGACGUUUGCCGCUGGCUCUGAUGUCUCUGUAGUGCUUAAACAUAAUAUAAUUCAUCUUUUGUAAAUCUAACAGGUGAUCUUUGGUCUCAUAAAUCUAUAAUUUGUUGAACUAAAAGUGAAAUCUCAUAACUUAUAGUUUACUGUUGUAGCCUAUUAGAGCGCUGACUUUGUAUGUUUGACUGAAUCAUUUGCUUUAUUUUUCAUUGUAGCUUCUUAUACCUUUUGCUUAUACUUAUAUAAUGGGUAUUUGGCUAUUGUUGGCCAUUAAAACUGACAUUUAACAAAAAGAGUCAGGGGUGUGUUUUAUAUUUGCAGACUAUAUGCACAUAUUGACACAUAUGUUUGAUAUUUUUAAAAUGGAAACAAAAAGAGGAAGAACUGUGUUUUAUAGUUUGUUUGGUAAUAACUAUACAUGCAGUGAAGACUGUAACACUCUGCCUAAAUAAGGCAGGCUACACAAAUAAAGUUUUUUCUUUUCCCUC